CGCUAUAUGCCCAACGCAAAGCGGAAUGAGGCAGUGGGAAUAGCAACACUAUGGCUGCCAGUCUCUCUCUGACUCAGCUCUCCAGUGGAAAUCCUGUCUAUGACAAAUACUAUCGACAGGUUGACCCCUCAGGCAGUGGCAGGGUGGCAGCUGCAGAUGCUGCCUUGUUCCUCAAGAGGUCUGGCCUGGCCGACCUGGUCCUGGGCAAGAUCUGGGAUUUGGCGGAUUCUGAACGCAAGGGCUGUCUCAACAAACAGCAAUUCUUCAUUGCCUUGCGGUUGGUGGCCUGCGCUCAGAACGGCCUGGAGGUGGCGCUAAAGAACCUCAACCAGAAAGGAGUUCCUCCCCCAAAGUUUCAUGACCCCAGCAGCCCACUGCUUCCCGGAGGCGUGGUCACAGACAGCCCCUGGGUCGUCAAGGCGGAGGAGAAGCUGAAGUUCGAUGCCAUCUUUGACAGCCUGUCUCCAGUGGGAAGCAUGCUCUCAGGGGAGAAGGUUAAACCUGUGCUGCUCAACUCCAAACUGCCAGUCGACGUCCUGGGACGGGUCUGGGAGCUCAGUGAUCUUGACAGAGAUGGAAUGCUCGACAGAGAUGAGUUUGCUGUGGCCAUGUACCUGGUCUACAGAGCCCUAGAGGGCGAGCCCGUACCCAUGUCCCUGCCCCCACCCCUCGUCCCCCCCUCCAAGAGGAAGAAACUCUCCGUGCCCCCCGCCGUGCCCCCCGUCGUGCCCCCCGUCAUGCCCCUCCUGCCCUCGCCCCCCUCCGUCAAAGACCGCUCGUCCCACGCGGGGACCAAGACCCUGCCUGCGCCCCCCAAGCCUGUUGCCACCUCGGUGGGUACCAGCCUAACCCUGCCCCCCAAGGCUCCAGGCCCCACGUGGGUGGUGUCGCCGGCAGACAAGCUCAAGUACGACGAGGUGUUUGCCCAGACGGACGGGGACAUGGAUGGGCUGGUGUCGGGGCCCGAGGUGCGGGACAUCUUCCUGAAGACGGGCCUGCCCUCCGCCACGCUGGCACGCAUCUGGGAGCUGUGUGACAUUGGGGACAUAGGGAAGCUGACCAGAGAGCAGUUUGCUCUGGCACUGCAUCUGAUCAACCAGAAGCUGGUGAAAGGCCUGGACCCUCCCCAGAGCCUGGCCCCAGAGAUGGUGCCCCCCUCGGACAGGCUCACGGUCAAGCAGAACAACUUACUGAACCUGGCCGCUGACUUCUCAGCUAUCAAGGAGCUGGACUCUCUCAGCAACGAGAUCGUUGAGCUACAGCGAGAGAAGAGCACCGUGGAGCAGGAGGUCAAGGAGAAGGAGGAGAGCAUUCGAGAACGCACCAGCGAAGUCCAGGACCUGCAGGAGGAGGUGUCCAGGGAGGGAGGUGUGUUGCAGCGCCUGCAGGCCCAGAGGCAGGAGGUCCAGGGUGCUCUGGAGGAGCUGGACCAGCAGAAGGCCUCCCUGGAGGAGCAACUGGAACACAUCCGCCUGCAGUGCAGCAACGAGAACCAGCUGAUCUCCACGCUGCAGACGGAGCACACGGAGCAGGAGGAGCGGAUCUGUGAGUACGAGGAGCAGCUGGUGGCGUCCCGGGAGGAGCUGCUGUGUCUGCAGGAGGAGACGGUGAGGCUGGAGGAGAAGGUGCGGGCGGCCCGGGAGCAGCUCUCCCCCCUGCAGGAGUCCGUACAGGACUCUGUCUCACAGGUGUCACAGGUGCAGCAGAAACUGGGUGAGCUGCACCUGGAGGAGAGGUCUGUCAUUGCCCAACUCAGCUGGAAGAGACACCUGGAGGAGGAGCCUGUACUGGUCAACGGCUCUGCAGGCCUCACCAACGAGCUGCACCAGGAGGACCUGCACCAGGAGGACCUCUACCAUGGAGACCAUCCGCUGGAGUUGAGGGAGGAGGAGCCGGCCGUUGCAGACCAGCCACAGGGAGAGCCCUCCGAAGACAAGGAGGAAGAGGAGCAGGAGAAGGAGGAAGAGAGGCCCAAGACGCCUGACGUGGUUCAGUACAAACCUGACGUCUUCGAGGACCUCUAUACUAGCCUGGCCUGGCCGACAGACAGCCUCCCCAAGGUCGACUCGGAACACGGCAGCCCAACGGUGGAGGCUCCUGAGGGGAAGGAGGAAGGAGAGGACCCCCCCUGCAGCCAGCACACCCAAGGUAGCCCCCCCCAGCACCUACAGUUGAAGCCCCCCCAGGAAGAGUCCCCCCAGUCUCCAGACUCCCCUCCUCCCCCCCGGACGAGCCCCCCCUCACUGCCCCCCCAGGGGAACCCCCCCGCUCUGCCUGGGUUGGACUUCUUCGAAGCGGACCCCUUCACUGACCAUGACCCGUUUAAAGACGAUCUGUUUGGAAAAGCCAGUGUUUCAGUAGACCCUUUCGGCAGCGACCCCUUCAAAGGCUCUGACCCCUUCGCGGCCGACACCUUCUUCAAGCAGGCCUCUGGCGCCCCCUUCCCCUCGGAGGACCCAUUCACCCAGGCCGACGACCCGUUCGGCUCCGGCGCCGCCCCGCCAGUACCGGACUUGUUUGCAGCCCAGCUGAACAACACGGCGGCGGCAGAGUCGUCGGGUCCCGACCCGUUCGGCUCCAAACCCCCCAGCUCAGCGGCUCCGCCCAGCAGAGACCCCUUCAGCGACCAGGGCCCCAGCAUGGCGGAUGCCGCCCAUCCGUUUGGAGCCAAGAUGGAUGCCCUGGGGGAGGCGGACCCCUUCAGCUGCCAUGGCGACGUGGGGUCGGAUCCCUUCAGCUGUUCCUCCGUGGGGUCUGAGCUGGCUUCUAAUGAGCUUGCGGCAUCAGCCAACGACCCGUUUGCUCCAGGGGGAACCACCGUGACCACGGACUCUGACCCCGAUCCAUUUGCUGCUGUGUUUGGGAACGAGUCCUUCGGAGGCGGGUUUGCAGACUUCAGCGCCUUGGCGAAGUCGAACGGUGCUGACCCGUUCAGCUCAUCCAGCCCGCUCAACAAGAACCUGUUCCAGGAGGACAGCCAGUCCCCAGGCUCGGACCAGCCCCCAGCCCUGCCUCCCAAAACGGGGACUCCCACCAGACCACCCCCCCCUCCUCCAGGUAAGAGAUCCAGCACCAACAGAACCGAGUCGUCGGACUCCUUCCCCAGGAGACCCUUCCUCCCCGCGGCUUCCGGAGACUUCUCCUCUUCCUCGCAGCCCGCCAAGGACGGCGUCGCUGACCCCUUCGCCCCGUCCUCUCCCCGCCACAACGCACGCAACGACCCCGACCGAUUUGCCAGCUUUGACAAAUACCCCACUGAGGAGGACAUGAUAGAGUGGGCGAAGCGGGAGAGUGAGCGUGAGGAGAAGGAGAGGCUUGCCCGGCUGACCCAGCAGGAGCAGGAGGAUCUGGAGCUGGCCAUCGCCCUCAGCAAGUCCCAGCUCUCCUGAGGAGCGCCCCCGGUGGCCCAGCAUGGCCCUGCAGGGGCCCGGAACUGCACAGCACCUACCAAAGACCCAACAAGAGGGACCGGAAUCAAACACCCCGUUUGGAUUCUCUGAAGGCGCCGACCUUUUCUGCUCCUCUGGAGACAUCAGUGCUUCGAUACGACUGGAUCAGAGGUUUCCCUCUGGGUAGGAAGGAAGGAGGGCGUUUUGAGAGGAUUUAAGCUGGCCCAGUGAACUGAACAGCACCUGUGUGGAACCUGGUAACAGAUCUCUAACAACCCACCUCUGUCUUCCACCUGCACCCCUCCCUCCCUCCCCUCGUCUCCCUAUCUAACACUCUGCGUUGGCAUUAACAUUGUGUAUUUCAGACUCGGAUCUCCAAACCCCUGGAUGUUUGGGUGUAGGGGGGGGGGGGGAGAGGGGUCGCUAUAGAGACGAGACCUCUUUCAGUUCUCCUGCUAUGCAGUAUUAUGGGAUGUGAACUGAAGUUUGUGUCGUGUGUUUUGUGAUCCACAUUCUGGUCUUAUCUGGUACUUGUAUCAGUCCUCCCAACCUUUUCAUGUCCGUUUUUAAGCAUUGACACGUUUUGUUAUAACAAGAUUACCAGUUGUAGAAAACAUCUUGCCUUCCUUUGUGUCAGUGGGAUGAGUGUUGCACGCGUCUGUCGAAAAAGACUUGAAUGUUGGUGCUCUUCUAAAACACCAUGUCCUUGUGUGUGUGUGCUAUGUCCCAGGUACCAUCCAAACAGUUUGAACAUCAGUCCACAGGUGCAAACCCUCUAAAAUGCCCAGAGAAUGUAGAUUCACAUAGGUGGAAGAGACAUACUGUACAUGUUAGCGUUGACUGAAUGUCUUAACUUAAAACACUCCAUGCAAACCUAGUUAGUGUGUGCUUGAGUCAAAUAUACUUUGAGAUCACACUACUCCCUCUAUGGGUGACUCCUGUUGCCACAAACAAUAGGUAAGUUCGACUUCAUGCAGCGCCGGCGUCGCCUGCAGCCGCCUGCAGCCCGGCUGACUUGAAGCAGCCAAUGGCAUUCUCAGAUUCAACUCAGCCGGCUGCAGCCGGCUGUCGGCGCCGCCGGUGCUGCAUGAAGUCGAAUGCACCUAAUGUCAGUCUUCACAUGCAGCUUUUCAUGAGAUUCAGUGGACAGUGGGUGACAGAUGUUUUCAUCAAAAACGAGUGUUUUUUGUUUUUUAUCCGGGCUGAAGUAGGUUAACGUCUGGAAAAUAUACUGCAUAAUGCGAUACACAUUUAGUUUGGAUAUUAUGUACUGGCUAAAAUAAAUUCUGAAAUGUGUUGUAAUUGUUAAAUAUAAAAAGACUGCAUUUGUUAACCAGAAAUGGACAGACGCUGUAUUCAGUGUCAAUAUUUGUACAGUAAACUGUUUUGUGUAGCUUUUUGAAUUUG